AAAUAUUAUUGCUGUUUAAAGUAUGGAUACAACAAGCUCUCAAGUAAAUAUAUCACUGCUUGCAUGUACCCAACUAUUAGAUGAGUGAAAAUACAUUUAAGUUUACCACACUUAAUUUAAAUUUUAUAAUAAUUAUGUAUUUAUUAUUUAUCUAGCCAUUGAGUUUGAUACACUCAAUGAAUUAAGUUAUGCAACAAUAUAAUUUAAAAAGAAAAAAGAUAUUCCUUUACAGGAAAUUAGUAUGAUUAACUUUUACUUAUAAUCUAAUUAAAACAAGGUAAUUCUUGUAGCCAAACAAAAAAGAAAAAAAUGGUAAGCAUGAUUUGCGAUGAUCUAAACAAAUUGAGAAAUAAAUAUACAUAUCACGUUUUCUUUAUAUAAAUUAAAAUUGGGAAAUUUAACUAGAGGCCAGGAUUUUCAAAGUGUUUUAUAUAUAUAUUUAAAAAAAUUAUAUAAAAAUGAAAAGAAAAUUAUAGAUAAAAACAAAAGAGGAAAAGAAAAGCCACAACCACCAAAAGAAUAUGUAUUAAAAAACUAGUCCUAUAUAACAAGCAAUUGAAUAGGCUCUGCAGAACAUCAACAGCAACAUCAGAAGUAGUAGCAGACACAACAAGCAUAACACAAGCUCUUUUACAUACCCAUUCCUCCUUUUUGUCUCCUCAGGUUUUUUUUUUUUUUUUUUUUUUUGUGGGUUCACUCAGGUUUCUUUAAAGCCCUUCUUUAGGGUCCCUCUCUUUGUCUGACCUCACUAGCCUCUUUCACUUCUCUCUGUUUACACCUGUAUAAGCCCUUCUGUUAACAUUUGUACGUUAAUCUUUUUUUUUUUUGUUUUGUUUUGCUUUUCAAAGAUUAUUUUACCAUUUAUACCCUUUCUUUUUGUAAUCUUUCUUCUGGUAUAUUCAUAUAUAUGGAAAGGUCGAUCUUGAUCUUGUUGUUUUAGGUGGUCCGAAGAUCAAGGGAUUUUUAGUAUUUUCAGUUUUGGCAAGCAAGAAAAAGGAAAAAUAAUGCAUCUUUCAAGAUCCAUUUAGGAACCUUUUUUGUUUUCUUGAAUUUCAUGAUGAUGAUGAUGAUGAUGAUGGUGAUGGUGAUGGUGAUAAAGAAGAAGAAGACAGAGACAGAGACAGCUAUAUAGAGACACACAGACAGAGUUUAUCAAUAAAAUUUCUCUUCUUUUCCGUUUUAUAUUUUCCUGAGAAAAUGUCAACACCAAUUUCACCAUGUGCAGCUUGCAAACUUCAAAGGCGAAAAUGCACUCAAGACUGCGUAUUUGCACCAUAUUUCCCACCAGAUCAGCCUCAAAAGUUUGCUAAUUUACACAAAGUAUUUGGGGCAAGCAAUGUGGCUAAACUUCUCAAUGAACUCAACACAGCACAACGCGAAGAUGCUGUGAAUUCUCUUGCUUAUGAAGCAGAAGCUCGUCUUCGCGACCCGGUAUAUGGCUGUGUUGGUCUAAUUUCAAUCCUUCAACACAGGCUAAAAGAAUUGCAAAGUGAUCUUUAUAAUGCCAAGAAAGAACUUGCACAGUAUAUCGGUCCUCAAGCAAUGCUUACUACACUUCCAGCCCCAACUUUUAUGGGUCAACCGCAUCUGGGUAAUCCAUCUUCCUCGCUGAUUCAACAUAACGCAUUGCCUAUUAUGGGCGGCAUACCUGCUGGGACCGUACAUGGCCAUGGCGGGCCAUUGAUGAUACGCGAGCCCCAGCAGCAGCAACAGCAGCAUCAAAUCUUUGAGGCUCAACAGUUGGCUGCUGCUUUGGCUGCAAGAGAGCAGCAAGAAAUGCUUAGGGCUUAUGAGCAGCAGCAGCAGCAGCAGCAAGAGAUUGUGAGGUUUAAUAGGGGUUAUGAUGUGCAAGAUCCAGUUCAUAAUAAUACCGCCGGGUUUAAUCAGAUUACUGUUGCUGCAAUGUCACCUUCUUUAGCUUUAGGAAGUUUUGAUACUCCUUAUCAGAUUCAGUCACAGCCAUUGGAUCAUCAGCAGCAGCACCAGCUUCAAGCACAGCUUUUUCUUCAGCCAACAAAGGUAGAGACUCCGCCACAACAACAGCAUCAGUUUCAACAAACCCAACAACAGCAGCAGCAGCAGCAACGGUCUGGAAGUGAUGAGGGUGGGAGCAUAGGCCCAUCUUGUUGAUGUUACUUUUGUUUUGUUUUAUUAUUUUACCAGCUCUUCAUCUGCCACUUAUUCUAAUUCCUUUGAAGCAAAUUUCCAUUCUAGUUAGGUCAUAAAUGCCAGAUGCAAAUGAACAUAAAGAGAGAGAAAGAGAGAUUAAUUAACAACUGUGAUCUGAAGUCAGCAUUAUUAAUUUUUGGGGUUUGAAGAAGAAGAAGAGGAAGAAGAAGACUUUGUGGGAAGUGAUAACAUUUUGAAAUGUAGGAUCUGCAUUGAAUUUCGAGUACAGCUCUUUUCCUUUUUCAUUUGGUAGAGAGAUUAGAGAUGCUUAGUCCUUUUUUUAUUGCAAAAACUAUGCUUAACCAUAUAUAUGUAUAUCAGAACUUAUUAAGUUCUUUGUCUAAAGCUUUUAUAACCAAAAUUAUUAGUGGAUAUGAAUUGAGUGAUAUUUGCUCA